GCACUCCUCACAACACAAUGAACCCUCAUACCGGAACUGUAAAGUUGUUCAAAGUUAAUUUGCGAACAACUAGAUCUAUAACGCGCAGACAAGCGACACCAAACAGAGAGACGAGGUGCUGGAGAACGCGGGGAGGCUGUGGAGGAUCACCAGCGCUCACAUACCCCCUCAGCUGGACAGGGGCCUCCCUCUGGCCUGCUGUCACUUUUGGACUCCCCAUUGAAUCAUUAACCACACCAGGCUGGCAACUGCCUUAAUAACAUCCACAGAUGGACGAACAGCGAGAGAUCACAGAGAGGAAAACAAGAACAAGGUCAAUGUUCAAGGAGAAGGGACCCGUUUCAAAACUGGAGCCUGGAAGAAAUAAUUGAUUAAUUGCUAUGAUGAUGACAUAAACUGGCUAAAAUCAUUUGUUUUACCACUCUGCAUUGUCAGCUGUUCCUGCGCUAAAUGGUAGUAAGCUGUGAGAGAUCGGUCUUCGAAUGGAGAAGUUGACCAUUAACCUCAUCUAUUGAUCACAAUCGCCUCUGUGGCUGUCACCAGCAGCCUUCUUAUUCAGUGGAUCCUGAAGUAAAGUUCACUGUCACUGGCAGCCGUAGUCUCAGAUCCUGUGUAAACAAGAAGAGCUUGUUCCUUCUUCUGGAGUCAACUUAUAAUAAUACAUAUAUCUAUUUUUUUUUUCAACAUUCCUUGGACUAAAUCAGCAGCCAUGGCUAAAGCAGGUUAUGGAUACUACCGCAGCACAAUCUUUCUGGCCAUGUUUGUGGGCUACACGCUGUACUACUUUAACAGAAAGACAUUUUCUUUUGUGAUGCCCUCCCUAAUGCAGGAGAUUAAGAUGGACAAAGAUGACUUGGGCAUGAUCACCAGCAGUCAGUCUUUGGCCUAUGCUAUCAGCAAGUUCAUCAGUGGCGUGCUGUCAGACCAGAUCAGCGCCCGCUGGCUUUUCUCCAUUGGUCUGUUUGUGGUGGGUGGCAUCAAUGUGGUCUUCUCCUGGUCCUCAACUGUGGCUGUCUUCUCUGGCCUCUGGUUUCUCAACGGCCUGGGCCAGGGCCUCGGCUGGCCUCCCUGUGGCAGGGUGCUGCGCAAGUGGUUUGAGCCCUCUCAAUUUGGAACGUGGUGGGCGAUUCUCUCCUGCAGCAUGAAUCUGGCUGGCAGUUUGGGCCCCAUUAUCGCCACAGUGUUGGCCCAGAGCUACAGCUGGAGGACCAUCAUGCUAAUGGCAGGAAUGACGUGUGUGGUGCUCUCCUUCAUCUGCCUGCUAGUUAUCAAGAACGAGCCAAAGGAUGUGGGGCUGCCUAAUAUCGAGGCAGCAGCCAAGAAGGGCAAAGCAGGCUCCUCCAGUGAUGAGAGCACCCUGUCAGAGUUCCUGCUGUCGCCCUACCUGUGGCUGCUGUCUGUGUCCUACCUGGUGGUGUUCGGGGUGAAGACAGCCUGCACCGACUGGGGCCAGCUCUUUCUCAUCCAGGACAAGGGCCAGUCUACACUCAUGGGCAGCUCAUACAUGAGUGCUCUGGAGGUCGGGGGCCUGUUGGGCAGCCUAGCAGCCGGAUAUCUGUCGGACAAGGCUGUGGCCAAACAAGGCAUGAGAAGCCAUGGCAACCCCCGCCAUUUCAUCCUGAUCUCCAUGAUGGCUGGAAUGUGUGUGUCCAUGUACUUGUUCAGGAUCACAGUCACCCCAGACAGCUCGAAGGUGUGGAUACUAAGCUUGGGUGCAGCUUUUGGGUUCUCAUCUUAUGGACCGAUAGCACUAUUUGGAGUUAUAGCCAAUGAGAGCGCUCCGUCCAACUACUGCGGGACAUCACAUGCCAUCGUUGCCUUGAUGGCCAACAUUGGUGGCUUCUUGUCUGGGCUCCCAUUCAGCACCAUCGCCAAGCACCACGGCUGGGAAAUGGCAUUCUGGGUAGCAGAGAUUGUCUGUGCUGCUACCACAUUGGCAUUUUUCCUGAUGCGCAACAUCAGAACCAAGAUGGGGCAUGUUUCCAAGAAGGCCGACUAA